GUAUCUUAGUCUCAAACAAGAUCUCAAAGUGAUCACAGCUUAACAAAAUAUCUAUGAACAAAGAAUAGCGAGCUUACAAAACUAAAUCAAUCCUAAGCAUUAUUAAAAAAAGCUCAGAUAAAAAGUUAAAAAAAAAAGAUACAAACAAAAGUGUUCAAUACAAAAUAAAAACUUUUAAGUGAUUCUAAUUAUAUUUACUAUAAAAACAAAAAGAAAAAAACAAACAAUUCAAAAUGUCGUCCUUGAAAAUUAGUGCAAUUAUCUCUGUGCUCAUCAUCGUUUGCGCAAUCAGCUAUACAAACGCAGCUAUUUUCUCCCAACCUGCCUUAUACCAUCCUGCACAUCCUGGUAAAUGUUUUGACAAAUUCACCCAUCGAUCAAUGUUGCCAAACAAAGAAUACAAACCAAAAGGAAUUUGUGCAGCAAUGACAUGUGACAUCGAUACAAUGACAAUCAAUAUCGAAACAUGCCCCAGUAUGGAUAUGCCAGAAUGUCAAGAACUUAAAACCGAUCCUACAUGGUCAUUCCCCAAGUGUUGUCCUCAAUACGUCUGCAAAGACUUCAAAACUGGCAAAGAUGUCAUUUUCUCAGCAUAAUUCUCUGAUAAUGUCAGUGACAGUGACACAAUACCAAACUAAAAAGAAACAAAAACGUGAUUGUAGACAUGUAGGAUGUCAAAGAAACCAAACGCACAUUUUUCAUAAUCUCAUUGAACUGGCCUUUUUAUGAAUUGAUGAGCAACAAAUCAAUUUUACUAUAAUUGAUUUCGCGUAAUUAACAAAUUAAUUUCCCAUUUUGGCCAGUUUUGAACUCAUUAGAUGUUAUAAGUAUUUAUUUAAACAAAAUUCACAAAUAUUUAAACAUUUAUGUUAAAAAACAAAAACUACUAUAAUUUAUUUAUGAAAAAAUACUAUUUAAUUAUUAAAAUUGCUAAAAGGCAAUGAUUUUCUUAAUUGAUGGAAUUUGUCAAAACAAAAAUAAUUUAGUAUGCGAUAUUUGCAGACUGUACCAAAUUUAUUUCUUAAAAAAUUGUUGUAAUUUAGUUUUUAAGUUAAUGAUUAAAAAAAAGAAGAAAAAACAAAAAGAAAACAAAAUAAUAUAUGGUAAUGCAAAAGUCAUUACAAAAUAAAAUAAUUUAUUAAACAAAAAAUUAAAUCAAAAA